GGUUACUUUUUAAAGAUCGAGAAGAAUCUCAUAAAUAUGACAAAAGAGACCAAUGAUAACAUUCGUAUGAACUGUGAAUUUCGUGGCCAUCCGUUGCCAACCAUACGAUGGCUGAAGAAUGAGGCGCCAGUAGAACAGGAAAGACCUAAGAUUCAUAUCAAACAGAAAAUAUUGACUUCGGGGAGAAUCCGAUCGCGUCUAAUCAUUAAUCAGAUCGACACCCAUGACCAGGGUUACUACAAGUGCGAGGCUAGCAAUGCUGCGGCCACACUGGACAGCACCGGCAUACUUCUGGUUCGCGCCGGGCACAUCCAUCCUGCCGGUGCUCCCAUACCGUUACCCGAUUACGCGCCUCUCUAUCCAAAUGUUGACUUUCCAGGACUCGGCGGAAGGUAAGCAUCCAUUGGAUUAACUAUUCAUUAAGACUG